UUAGAAAAAAAAAAUCCCUGAAGAGGGAUAAUAUCGAUCAAUUUUGUCGAUUGCGACAAUACCAAUGGCCAUUGGGCAUGCGCUCUAUUUAACGCCCGUGUACGAUGAGGAGAAAAUGAUGGUUCCUAUAUUCAUUCGGGCGAAGAAACCGGAAAGAAGAUGAUCGGGCUGACAAUCUUGAUUUUCUUCUGAUGUUUGGCAUGCAAAUAUAUAUAUUAUGAAUCACUUGAAACUAGAGGGAGAAAGCGGAACUCUUCAUGCUCCAGUUGCUACUGGACCAAUUGCUCGAUCGCCGAGCAGGGAAAGUUUAACUACCGAUCUUUCGUUGAUGUCAUUAUCUAGUUUGGGUUCAGAUUUCGGACGCCUGAGAACAUCGUCUCUAGGGCAAUCCAGAAGAGAAGAUAGUUGGAAUGUGCGCGGUAGUCGCCAUUGUUUGCGGUUAUCGUUUGAUGGAUCGACAAGAAGACAUUUGGCAAAUGAGAUUCUCUUCGAAGAAGAUACGGAAAUUAUUCGAAAUUGUGGAGUUUUUUGUUCGGCUUUUGGAUUAAUGAAGAGUUUCAGCACCAGCGAUUUGGCUAACAUGUGCGUCGAUGCUGAACCACUCCGUUCUACAGUUUCCGAAUUAGCUCUAUCGAGUUGGAGGAAAUACGAAAUGAACCAAACUCAUCACGAGCAUCCUUCACGAUCCUGUUCUACAUGGGUUGCUGUAGGAGAAGGUCCUUCUCCACAGCCGGGAGCUAAGGACUUCGUUCGUUCCGUCAAUCAAAAAAUUCGCCAAGUUUAUAUUAGAAGAAGAUUGGUGAGCACAUACAAAGCUUUGGAACGUCUUACUCGGAGCCAAUUAAAUUUACCAGAUUGUAGUCAACAUCAUGUAACGUCACUCGGGUUUCACGGCGCUAACAAGACACUCUGUCUUACAGUCAAAGACAUAGAGAGGGACAAAGGUAAACCGCUUUCAAAAUACGAACGCAAUAUUAUGAUAUUUACAUGGCUUCAGAGUUUGGACGAAAAUGCAUUUGAUCAAUUGACGUAAAUAGAAACAUUAGAACUUCUUUCAGAUUGUCUGUGAUAAGUGUAUAUACUCAGCACUGGAGGAAAGAAGCCUAGAAAUACGUCCAUACACAAUUAUGUUCUCUUUUAAGCUCUCCAUAGCUUUCCAAUUUGGUUUGUAGCAAUUAAAAAUGCUCCUAAUUAAAACAAAUAGUGAUACUUAACACACUUCUUUGCAGAAAUCACACAAAUCUUUUCACUUAAAAAAUCAUUUAAAAAAAGAGGAUAAAUUGUAUAUAGUAAGAGCUGUGAUUUAGAAUGAACUAUUUUUGCAAAUGACUGCCACAUAUCAGGGUGAAGUGUUUAGUUGAAUCGUGUAACAGUUUAUAAAUUUUUUCUUAAUAAUCACCGUUCCGAUAUCUGUUGGUCGCUUGCAAUUAAUAGAAAUGUUUUCAGAAUUAAUGUUGUAAAAAAUUUUUAAUAAAUCGCUACAUGUAGUAAAUUGAUUGUUUCUGUCUAAAUUCCAUCAGCGCAUAAUUCAUCAUUAAAAUGUCAGUUUAAAAUCUAGUCGUAAGGAUCGUGUGUCAAAGUACAGACCAAUGAACUCUGCAUAUGUAUCUUUAUAAUGAAAAAUCUAUUUAAUAAUUCAAAUACUGAAGAGAUUUCUAAUGUUAAGAUUGAUUCUUUACCUACAUAAUUGGCAAUUGUUAAUUGUCAAGUUGACUAUUGUUUAAAUUCUGAGAGAUAUACAAUUAAAAAUUUGAAAUAUUUUAGCGAAAAUCAAGAUAAUAAUUUGAAUUAAGAACUAAAUUUAUCAGUAAAAGUAAUCGUUUCCUUGUUCACAGAAAAUGAUGAAGUCAAGAGAUUGACUCAUUCAGCUUUCCACAUCACUAUUUUUCCUUUUAAUUUCGAUUUUGUUCGCUAAAUUAGUGAAAUUACUUAGUUUAGUAUGAAUUAUAAACAAGUUUAAAUAUUAUAUAAAUGAUAAAAACUUAACAUUAUAAUAAAUUAUAUCUUAAA